AUGGCCAAGCUACCAUCAGAUUCCAAGAUCGAGUCUUACGUGCGACAGCUGCUGGAGAAGGACGUAAAGGCCAACAAAGGAAAGGAGAUCACUAUCCGAGUCGCUCUUGCUGAGCAUUUCGAUGUGGAUGUGGAUGAUCUGAAAGAAGAGAAGAAGGUUGUCAUCAAGGCCGCAGUGGACAAAGCAGUAGAGGAGCUGCUCCCAGAUGAGGGAGGAGAGCAGUCUGAAGAAGAAGUGGCAGCAGAGGAGACGGAGCAUGUCGAGUCACCCGCUUUGGACAGCGGCAUGUCCUCCCUAGACGAUUCGGACGUAGGCGAAGGCUCUUCCACAGGUGCCAAGAAGAAGCAGGGGCGCAAGUCAAAGGAAGGAGGAAAGCAGUCCACCUCCAGCCGAUCUGGUGCCAAGACUAGCAAGAAGAAGGAAAGCUCUGCAUCAGGAGAUAAAACGGAAGAGGAGAUUGCCAGGCUCAAGAAGCUCGUGGUUGCCUGUGGCGUUCGCAAACAAUGGUCAAGCUGGUUCGCGAAAGAGUCUGCCACUACAAGCAAGGAUCAGGCCAGGGCUCUCCGCUCUCUGCUAAGCGAGCUGGGUAUGGAUGGAAGACUAAGCAUGGAGAAAGCCAAGAAGAUCAAGGAGGAGAGGGAAUUUGCCGAGGAGCUCAAGGCUAUCGGCGCUGAUACUGGAGCGCAGGAGAGGGAGAGUAGAGGGAGUCGGUCGGGACUGCAACGGAAGAGAUUGGGAGGGAGCGCUGAGAGCAGUGAGGAUGAGAGUGAAGAGGAGGAACCACAGCGUGCCGCAAAGAAGUCGAGACUGGGAGCAUCGCUGGCCGCAUUCGCUGCCGAGCUCAAUUCGGACGAUGAGUAG